AUGAUCAACGGAACGAGCACAAACGGAGGGCACAGCACAACGUACAGCUCUGCGGUGCGUCCAGGAUGCGAUCACCAAGGAUGGGCGUUGGGGAUGAUGUGUCUCUGGAAGAACUGGAGCAUCCAACUUUUUGUACUUGUUGGCUUGGUUUUGCAGAUGGUUCUUGCUGUACUUGGAAGCCGCAGAAAAAUCUCGUGUGCCAAGACACUCCAAUUCGUUAUCUGGGCAUCUUAUUCGCUCACCCCUUACAUCUUGACGCUCGCGCUCAGCAAGCUCACGACCGUCAGCCUCAACAAGUCCGAUGAAGCGUUCGAUACCGAACUAAAAGCACUGUUGGCGCCUUUAACUCUACUGCUGCUAGGGAAUCCAGAUAGCAUCACCGCAUAUUCAGUGGAAGACAGCAGGGUUGGCGUGAGGAGUGCAAUGAACCUUGUCAUCACAUUCUCUUUCGUGGUCUGGAUCCUCGGGCGAUGUUGGAAGGCCUCCAUCCGGAUGAAACUAUUCUUUCCGAUGUUUGUUGCUGGUAUAAUCAAGUGUGGAGAAACAUUUUGGGCAUUCUAUUCCGUGUACGACGAGAACACAAACAUGAGAAAAGAGGAUUUCGAUGACGAAAUGGUGAUAUCCUUUGAAUUGAUGACUAAGGGCGUUCCCCGUCUGGAUGUUUUCUUGACGGCUUACAAUCGAUUUAAUCGUUUAAAGCCUCACCUUGUGAACUGGUUGAAGUACCCUUUCUUCAUGUUGUAUCCUAGUAUGUUGAUCAGCGAAUACAGUCCUGACGAUAUAUUCUUGAUAAUCGAUAUGGAACUUGAGUUCAUGUAUGAUGUCCUCUACACUAAGGCUCCAGUUCUUUACACCAAGCGAGGGAUCAUGCUCCGCCUCAUCAGUUAUUUCAGUUUGCUGCUGACCUUUGGUGGAUUCAUGGGGCUGUUCUUCGACAAACUCUUGAGAGAUCCGUACGUCAUCUACAUGUUUGGGCUGCUGAUUGGAGUGGUGCUUCUGGAAACUUAUCAGUUGUUGAAGCUGUUCUAUUCGGAUUUGGUGAUUAUAAAGAAUAGUAACCGCCUUGGCAAUCCAAUGGUCUUGAAGUUUCUGAAAUUUCUCGCUAAUCGAUCUCUGAAGAAGAAAAAGUGGUCUAACAGAAUUCAGCAAUUUAACUUUCUGGAUUUCUGCCAAUUCGAAAAAUGGCCCUGGUUCUUUAGAAUCCUCAAAGUCUGUGGCAUGGCUGAGAAGUUCAGGAAAUAUUUAGCACUAAAUUCCGUGGCAAUUCCCAUGUACUUGAAAGAAAUAUUGCUUGAAGACAUGAAAAAGUUCGAAAGAAAGAGACGCGGUCUUCCCUUCAUGAAAAGAGGCGAAUGGACACUCGGCAUUCACGAGUCUCUGGAUAAGCUCGUAUGGAGUAUCAAUAUGACAUUUGAUAGAAGCAUCAUCAUAUGGCACAUUGCAACCCAAGUCUGUUACAACUCGUGCCACGAAGAAUCAGACCGUAAGGAGGCAAGCAAACUGAUAUCAGAUUACAUGAUGUUCCUUCUGGUACAACAUCGUCAAAUACUCUCUUUGACCACGGUCGAGAUCACUUACCAGCAGGCCUACAGGAAUCUCAAGAAGUUCUUAUAUCAGACCUCGAAAGAGAAUGUCCCGAAAGUUCUAUUGGGGCCGGAACCUUCGCAAGAAAGUGGCUCCCUCGUGCUCGCAGUAGAGUGCCCCAUAAGGCAGAACCAGAAUGUCCUCAAGGAAGUGCGAAAACUCGCAAGAGAGCUGAAAGAUAACAAAGACACAUGGGAGCUCAUCAGCAGUGUUUGGGUUGAGAUGCUAUGUUUUGCGGCGUACAAUUGCCAGCAAAAGCACCACCUGAAGCUGCUGAGGCAGGGCGGAGAUAUCAUCACUCACGUUUGGCUCCUCCUUUCUCACUCGACGGACCGGUUCAACACCUCGACGUACGUGGAUCAAACCAUUCCGAUCCAAUAG